GGAGUGCAUUGCUUGGUAAGACGCUGCUUGCGGUCGUACAGCAACCCUUCUGUGGAUCUUUGAGGAUCCUGAGAACACUAGAAAAGACACGGGUAUGUAUCUGGGUACCCGGGGAGUCUGGGUAGUCACACUGAGGAGUGAAGCCUGAGAUCUGCAUCUCAUAGGGACUGGGUUCCUGAGCUAUGGAGUCGGGGACGACCACUCCCGCCAACCCUGCCCAGGUGCUGGGACUCCGGCGCCUCUCCUUCGCUUACCAAGGACUAGAAGAGAUCCCUUACGAAAGCAUCUUGGAGCAGCAGGAAACACUGGAGGUUCUGGAUCUCAGCUACAAUCUGCUGGAGGAACAAUAACGGAGCCCGGCUCUCCUUGGGGAGCUGGAGAAGCUCACCACCCUUAUUCUGGACUGCAACAACUACAACUCCCACGUCAAGUUCCCCUACAUGCCCAGCGUCACUACCAUUUGGAUCAACAAGAACAAGAUCAGCAACCUGCCCAUCUUCGUGGAAGAGAUUUGCAGGAAGUUCCCCAACAUCAAGAUUCUCAGUAUGAUGAACAAUGAGGCCGCACCCAGCUACUUCAACGGGGGGACUCUGACACAAUACAUCGAUUACAGGCUAUAUGUGAUCAGUCAGAUUCCAACCUUGGAGGUGCUGGACGACACAGAGGUGCUGGAGAAAGAGCGUGUGCAGGCCAGGAAGACUUACAGGCAGCAGAGGAUCAAAGACAACUGCAAGAAGAAGAGAUAGCUCCACCUCUGA